AAAACAUUAACAUAGAAUAGAAAAAACACUAAAAACAACUAGCCUGAAACCUAUAACCAAUUUAUUGGUAAUUAAUGAAGAAGACCACAGAAUUUGUGAAAUUAGAUUAAAUUAAAUAGGAAUCCUCAAGUAAAAAAGAACAAAAUAAAUUAAAUGUUAAGAGAAUAAAGCACAAAUGCUAAAUAAUCUCCAAUACAUUAAUGAUUAACCCCAUUAAUUAUAACAGAAUUAUAGACCCAUUAUUCACAGUUGGAUUUGGUCAUAUGCACUCAUGUGCUCUGUUUUUCAUUCAUGUUUUGUUUUUUGCUAUUUCAUACUACCUCCGUCCCAUUUUAUGUGUUUUGGUUUGACUUGAAACGAUUAUUAAUGAAGUAGUUGAAAAAGUAAAAGUUGUGGUUGAUGUUUGAGUAUAAUAAAGUGAAAUGAUGUAAGCCACAUAUUUCUUUCCAAAAAAGGAAAGGAGACACUUAUUUUGGGACAACCCAAAAAGGAAAGUAGGACAUGUAAAAUGGGACGGAGGGAGUACCUUUCUACGGAGUAUUUGGUUAUUGUGAGUUGUGAGUGUUAUUUGUUGUGAGAAUGAGCGGAAACAAUCAGGCUAAUCUAGCGGAUAACAGUUUCGAAUCUCUAACAUGUUUAACGAUCAGUCUUACUUAGUAAGUUAGUAUUGGACAAUAUAUGCUAUAUCCCAUUAGGUAAUGAGAAAGUAUUUCCACUGGUGUGAGAGGGAAGCUUUGGAUAGAUGGAUGGUUGUUCUUUUAAAAGUUUAAUUUAAGUACUCUUGUUUCAAAAAUAGAACUAGUUUGUUGAUUCAAAAAAAAAAAACUAGUUUAUGAUUAUUAUGAAUAGGAUGAAAGUGGUCUUAGCACUCCACCGGACAUCAUACUUUCAGUUUCUUUGACACAGUUGGACUUGUCAACAUUUAAGAGAAAAAUUUACUGAGUGGGGUAAAUUUUACUGUUUUGACACUGUUUGAACACUGUUUGGCACUAUUAGAACACUGUUUGACACUGUUUGGCACUGUUUUGCACUAUUUUGGUAUAGAUUUGUUUACCAAAUAAGGAAAUAAGGAAGUGUGACAUUCAUUUUGAAACAUCCAAAAAAGGAAAGUGUGUCAAACAAACUGAAACGGAUGAGGUAUUUUUCUAGGGUAAUUUGAGUUUGCACCCCUUAUUAUCAUUAUCUAAAUUGGACUUUGCAUCCCGUUUUUAAAAGUCUUUGUUUUUACACCUCAAUCUCAUAUGAAAAAACAAAAAUGAUCUCAAUCAAGAAUAUGUUGAAAGUUAACAAAAUUGUUAAUGGAAGGGCAUUAUUAUUUUUUCAUAUGAGUUUGGGGUGCAAAAGGAAAAAGUUUUAAAAAUGUGGUACAAAGUCCAAUUUGGUACAAACACAAAUUACCCAUAUUUUCUUCCGUCCAUUUUGACUUUUCAAGGGUAGAUGCAGGCCGGCCCAGGGCAUGGCUGUCCAGUGCGACCGCACAGGGCCCGGAUUUUUGAACGGCCCAAACAAAAAUUUAGUAUUACGCCCCUGCGUAAAUGUAAAUAUACUUGAAGAAUGUCUAUUUUUAAAUAAAUUGUAAGUUAUUAAUGACUAUUGUUAUCAUUACAUUUAUUCGUAAGUUGUAUUUUAAGACAAUUUGCUUGUGUUGCAACUUGAAAAAAGGCCCAAAUUUUACAUUUGUUGGGGACCAGCCGGUAGAUGUUGUAAGUUUUAACAUUGUCAAUUAUUACUAGCCACCUUAUGAAAGAUUCAAUGAUCUGAAAUGAAGCUGCCCAAAACAGAGAUCUGAGAUAGCAUUUUUGGAGAUUCCUCUUGUCCGCAUCCACCAUUCUCUCCUUCUGCAGAAAAAACCACCAAAUUGCUGCAAUCACGACCAUUCAUCGCCAAUUCAUAUCUGCCGACAUCUUUCAAUCCAGAACCCCGUCGCCCUUACGACGCCUGUUGUGGAUCAAACCCAACAUCUAGUCACUGCCGGAAAACAAAUUCUCCUCCAAACGCAGCCGUGUCGGAGUAGGGUCCUCUUGUUCCACGUGCAGGAUUUCAGAAUCCCAUUUUCCUUGUCUGAAGAAGAGCACGUUAAUUUGGGGUUUGGAGAUUCUCUUAAAAGCUACUACGUAUUUGCUAGAAUGAAAGGUCGCGUCAGAUGGAAUGAAAGUAAUCUAGGGGAAAUUGAGGCAAACAAACCAGUGAGGCAGAAAAUAACUGAGCCAAAGACGCCUUAUCACCCAAUGAUUGAUGAUGAUGGAUCUUUGUCACCUGUGCGGAAUAGCUUUGAUGAUGGAAGUGAUAAUGGAGUUCGUGCUGAAGCGGUAGAGAAUGCAUUGAAUGAUGUUGCGUCUUGUGGCAAAGAUAAAUUACGCCCCACUGGUUGGCCACUAUCCGAGGAUGAGGCUGAUUACAUGGAUGAAGAAGAUGACGGUGAAGAAAGUAGCUUUAAGGCGCAUAGGCGGGCCCACUACGAUGAAUUUUUGCGGGUGAAAGAACUCAUUCGAGAAGGAUCUUUUACCAUUGAAGAGGAAUCCGAUGAAGAGAGCAGUGCUGAGAAGAAGAGAGAUGGAGGUUGUGAGUCUUCAUCGUCAUCUUUAAUUGUGACAGCUAAUAAUAAGGAUGUGGACAUUGGGAAAGGCCAUGAGUCUAAACAGUCUUCUUCACCAACUGAUGGAGCUUAGAAGCUGAUUCCAAAAUAAUCCUCUGCUUUUACAGAGCUAUUUUCAUCAUCAUUUAGUGCCAUGACAAUGGUUUGGACACUUUGCCUUUGUGUGUUUCUCCAGGCGCAGUUAUGAACUUGUGAAAGUGUAAAUAGACUUCUGAAAUGUUUUUUAGGUUAUAAUCUGAUUGUAUUUCUACAAUGCGGAUCAUUUUUAAAUUUUAAUAAGGCUUUUUGUUUUGAUGGCUACUUAUUGUCUGAUUUGUCUCAUAUAUUGCCAUGUAGUGUUAGUGUGUUGCACAUUUCCAGUAGACAUAUCAUUGUGCCCAUUUGAUCAGA